AUGGCGGCCCGGCGUGUGGGGCGAGGCUGCUGGGAGGUGAGCCCCGGCGAGCGCAGGCCACUGGCCCGGCGGCGCGGCCCCGCGGCCGAGCGGGACGAGGAGGAGGCGGCUUCCCCGCCGCUGCUGUCCCUCAGCCACUUCUGCAGGUCGCCCUUCCUGUGCUUCGGCGACGUGCGCGUGGGGUCCUCGUGCACGCGGCCUCUGGCGCUGGACAACCCCAACGCGGAGGAGGCCGAGGUGAAGGUGUGGCACCUGCCGGCCGCCGAGCUGGGCUUCAGCGUGUCGCCGAGCCACUUCGUGCUGCAGGUGAGGCGGUGUGGGAAGGAACACGGGAGGGCCUGGGCGGGUUCUGGGGGACCCGCAGGGAAGGCCUGGACGGGUUCUGGGGGACCCCGCACGGGAAGGCCCUCGGAGGGUUCUGGGGGACCCCGCAGGGAAGGCCUGGGCGGGUUCUGGGGGACCCGCAGGGAAGGCCUGGGCGGGUUCUGGGGGACCCGCAGGGAAGGCCUGGACGGGUUCUGGGGGACCCCGCACGGAAGGCCCUCGGAGAGUUCUGGGGGUCGCUUCACACCUAAAGAAAAAAUUGUGAUUUCUGUUAACUGGACACCACUGAAAGAAGGCCGAGUCAGAGAGAUUGUGACGUUCCUUGUAAACAAUAUUGUGAAACACCAAGCAAUAUUACUAGGAAAUGCAGAAGAGAAGAAAAAGAAGAAGAGGCGUGUCUGGAAUACUAUUAGUAAGAAGAAAAUUUCAGCCUCUUCUGGUAGUUACAAAAGAAUUUCAAAUACUCAAAAUGUUAAUAGAACGUUCAGUGUUCCCCAAAACAUUGACAGGGUUAGGAGCCCAUUGCAGGCCUGUGAGAACUGGACUGUCAGUGAUGCCUGUUCCAGAACUGAAAACAAUUCUUUAACCCUUGAAGAAAAUGAAAUCCCCCUGUCCCCCAUCAGCCCUGCUUUUAAGGAAUGCCAUGGUGAAGCUUGCGUACCCCUCUCUGUGCGUCGGUCGACCGCCUAUUCAUCUCUUCAUGCGUCUGAAAACGUUCAACUUUUGAAUGUAGAAGAUGCUAACAUUUCAAAAGACUUUAGUUUUAGUGAGAAAGUGAUAACUGAAACCUGUUUUAACGUCAUAAAUAUUAAUAGCCAGAGUGAGAACAGUGAACUACUUCUUACCCCAAACCAUUCUUCAACUUUAAACAUCACACAAAACCAUGGACAUUUUCUAAGUCCAGAUUCCUUUGUAAAUAAUAAUCUUGCAGCUAAUAAUGGAAAACUAGAAGCAGAAACAUAUCUUUCGUCAGAUGGAUUUAUGAGAGGUGAUUCAAAACCUGUGCAUUUGGAGUCAAAAACUGUGCAUGAAAUUUAUCGGACAAUUUUAAGCCCAGAUUCCUUCAUAAAUGAUAAUUAUGGAAUAAAUGAGGAAGUAGAAUCUGAGUCAGUUCAUCCCAUCUUAUCCCCAAAUCAAUUCAUAAAAGAUAAUAUGGCAUAUGUACGUGUAUCACAACAAACUUGUGAAGUGUCAUUGUCCAGUGAAAAUCCUCGCGUCUCAGAGUCUCCUGGAAAGUGCAGGAAAAGUGAAGCUUUGCUGCGUACUCCUGCAUGUCAGGGAUUAAAAUCUUCCAAAGCUGUUUUAGAAGAAAUCAAAGUUAUGGAAAUGAAGUCAAAACACUAUUCUGUCAGAAAAAGUCAUCCCACAUUUCCUGCAGUUCCAGAUGUUUCCAGUUUCAGCAAUAAUACAGAACCUAAAAGACGCCCAAUACUUUCUGCCACUGUUACAAAAACGAGACCCACCCAUGGCAGAGGAAACCAAACAGAGAUGAUCAAACCAAAGGUGAAAAGAAGCCUCAACAGUGCAGUUAAUGAAAAAAUAAUUGAUAAUCAAAGAGACAAAGCAGUUUUGCAUUCUUUUCUUCCAAUUAUAGAUCCAAUAAUAAGUAAAUCCAAGGGUGAUAAAAGUGAAAUAAUUCCCUCUUCAACACCAUCUUUAGUUAGUCGUAAAAGAAAGAGUGAGGGAAUCGUGGAAGGUGGAAAUGUGACUGUUGCUGUUAUAGAACAUACUGAAGUGCGAGAAAGCAAAAGAAUCCAUUUUUCCCCCUUGGAGUCCAAAACAUCAACUGCUAAAAAACCAAAAAGCACAGUAACACCUAUUUCUAAAUAUAUCAGCAACAGGGAGAAAUUAAACCUGAAAAAGAAAACUGAUUCAGUAUUCAGAACUCCUAAAGCAAAAAGGAGAACAAAACCUAUUGUUGCUGUGGCACAGUCCAGUUUGACUUUCCUAAAGCCACAAAAAACAGAGAUCCCUAGACACCCACUGCCAUUUGCUGCAAAGAACAUGUUUUAUGAUGAGCGCUGGAAGGAGAAGCAGGAGCAGGGCUUCACUUGGUGGCUGAAUUUCAUACUGACUCCUGAUGACUUCACUGUAAAAACAAAUGUGUCUGAAGUGGAUGCUGCUACUCUUCUUUUAGGAGUGGAGAAUCAACAUAAAAUAAGUGUGCUGAGAGCACCUACAAAAGAUGAGGUGUCUCUGAGAGCUUACACUGCCCGAUGCAGGUUGAACAGGCUGCGUCGUGCAGCAUGCCGUUUAUUUACUUCUGACAAAAUGGUUAAAGGAAUUAAAAAGCUUGAAACUGAAAUUGAAGCUAGGCGAUUACUUGUUCGGAAGGACAGGCACCUCUGGAAAGAUGUGGGAGAACGUCAGAAAGUCCUGAAUUGGCUGUUGUCAUAUAAUCCUUUGUGGCUUCGAAUUGGCCUAGAGACAAUUUAUGGAGAGCUCAUCUCACUGCAAGACAACAGUGAUGUCACAGGGUUGGCUAUGUUUAUUCUGAAACGCUUGCUUUGGAAUCCUGAUAUCGCAGCUGAAUAUCGCCAUCCCACGGUCCCCCAUCUCUACAGAGAUGAUCAUGAAGAAGCUUUGUCCAAGUUUACACUGAAGAAAUUGCUAUUGUUGGUCUGUUUCCUUGAUUAUGCAAAACUUUCCAGACUUAUUGAUCAUGACCCCUGUCUCUUCUGUAAAGACGCUGAAUUCAAGGCUAGUAAAGAAAUUCUUCUGGCAUUUUCAAGAGAUUUCCUAAGUGGAGAAGGUGAUCUUUCCCGCCACCUUAGCUUAUUGGGAUUACCUGUUAGUCAUGUUCAGACGCCAUUUGAUGAAUUUGAUUUUGCUGUGACAAAUCUUGCCGUAGACUUGCAAUGUGGAGUGCGCCUUGUGCGAACCAUGGAACUUCUCACAAAAAACUGGGAACUUUCAAAAAAACUCAGAAUUCCAGCAAUCAGUCGUCUUCAAAAGAUACACAAUGUUGACAUUGCUCUUCAAGUUCUUAAAUCACAAGGAAUUCAACUAAGUGAUGAACAUGGAAAUACAAUACUAUCCAAGGAUAUUGUGGAUAGGCACAGAGAAAAAACUCUUGCCUUGCUUUGGAAAAUAGCGUUUGCCUUUCAGGUGGAUAUUUCUCUAAAUUCGGAUCAAUUGAAGGAUGAAAUUAACUUUCUAAAACAAACGCGCUGUAUAAAGAACGCAAUGUCUGCUCUAUCAUGCCAUUCUGAUGCUAAUAUAAACAAAAAAGACAAAAGGAAAAGUGAUGCUGGUGGGCAGCAUAGUGAGAGCAUUAGGUUAUUGAUGGAUUGGGUGAAUGCUGUUUGUGCCUUCUAUAAUAAAAAGGUGGAGAAUUUCACAGUGGCUUUCUCAGAUGGCCGUGUCCUGUGCUACCUGAUCCACCACUACCACCCUUGCUACGUGCCUUUUGACGCCAUCUGUCAGCGCACAACCCAAACUGUGGAGUGCACGCGCACCGGCUCAGUGGCGUUAAACUCAUCAUCUGAGUCUGAUGAUAGCGCUCUGGAUGUGUCCCCUAAGACCCUGGGUCAUGAAAAUGCUUCAGAACUAUUCAAAGAGCUCCUGGAAAAUGAGAAGAAAAAUUUCCAUUUAGUUAAGUCUGCAGUUCGAGACCUUGGUGGAAUACCUGCAAUGAUUCAUCAUUCAGAUAUGUCAAAUACAAUUCCAGAUGAGAAGGUGGUCAUUACUUACUUGUCAUUUCUGUGUGCAAGACUUCUAGAUCUUCGUAAAGAAAUAAGAGCUGCUCGUCUUAUACAGGCAACCUGGAGAAAACAUAAACUAAAAGCAGAUCUAAAACGCUAUCAGGAAAGAGACAAAGCUGCAAGAAUUAUUCAAUGCGCUACAAUCAGUUUUCUAGCAAAACGACGAUUGAAAAAAAGGGUUAAUGCAGCACUGGUAAUUCAGAAAUACUGGCGGAGACGGAUUGCACAGCGAAAAUUAUUAACACUGAAGAAAGAAAAACUGGAAAAGGUUCAAAAUAAUUCAGCAUCUGUUAUUCAGGGGUAUUGGAGAAGAUAUUCCACUAGGAAAAGAUUUCUGAAAUUGAAAUAUUAUUCAGUCAUCCUGCAAUCCCGGAUAAGAAUGCUAAUUGCUGUUACAUCUUAUAAGCGAUAUCUUUGGGCAAUAGUUACAAUCCAAAGGCAUUGGCGUUCUUAUUUAAGAAGAAAACAAGAUCAACAGAGAUAUGAGAUGCUAAAAUCAUCGGCCGUUAUAAUUCAGUCUGUGUUCAGAAGAUGGAGGCAACGUAGAAUGAAGUUAAAAACAAGAGCUGUGCUUACUCUGCAAAGAGCUUUUAGAGAGUGGCAUUGCAGGAAACAAGCUAAAGAAAAGUCUGCUAUUGUCAUACAGACAUGGUACAGAAUGCACAAAGAAUUACGAAGAUAUAUUUAUAUUAGGUCCUGUAUUGUUGUCAUUCAGAGAAGAUUUCGGUGUUUUCAAGCCCAAAAGUUGUACAAAAGAAGAAAAGAAUCUAUACUGACCAUUCAGAAGUACUACAGAGCCUAUCUGAAAGGAAAGAUUGAGCGCAGCAGAUUUUUGCAGAAAAGGGCCGCGGCCAUUCGCCUGCAAGCUGCCUUCAGGGGGAUGAGGGCUCGUGAUCUGUGCAGACGCACCAGGGCUGCCUGUGUUUUGCAGUCCUAUUGGAGAAUGAGGCAAAACAGACUGCAAUUUUUAGGCUUUAAGAAGUCUGUUGUCAGAUUGCAGGCACACAUAAGAAAGCAUCAACAGUUACAGAAAUACAAAAAGAUGAAGAAAGCAGCCCUUGUCAUUCAGACUUACUUCCGGGCUUAUGUUACAGCCAGGAAAGUUCUAGCAUCUUACCAGACAACACGUUCUGCUGUCAUUGUUCUGCAGUCUGCAUGCAGAAUGACGCAAGCCAGGAAGACGUUUGUUCACAUCCGCACGUCUGUUAUUAAAAUCCAGGCAUGUUAUCGUGCUUAUAUUUCCAGAAAGAAAUUUCUGAAACUGAAAUAUGCAACAUUAAAAUUGCAGUCAGUUGUCAAGAUGAAACAAGCACAUAAACAAUAUUUACAUUUGAAAGCAGCUACAGUGUUUAUUCAGCAGUGGUACCGUUCCCAAAAAAUGGCUGCCCAAGAGAGAGAAGAAUAUGUACAGAUGCGGGCAUCCUGCAUCAAACUGCAGGCUUUUGUCAGAGGCUACCUCGUCCGAAAGCGGAUAAGGUUGCAAAGAAAAGCUGCUGUUUCACUGCAGUCUUACUUCAGAAUGAGAAAGAAGCGGCAAGAUUACCUGAACAUUUAUAACGCAACUCUUGUCAUUCAGAAUUACUAUCGUGCGUACAGAGCACAAGUCAAUCAGAGAAAGAAUUACCUGCAAGUCAAAAGAGCAGCUACUUACUUGCAGGCUGCUUACAGAGGUUACAGAGUACGGCAGCUGCUGAAACAGCAAUCUUUAGCUGCUGUUAAAAUUCAAACUGUCUUUAGAGGUUACAGUCAAAGGGUGAAGUACCAGACUAUGCUUCUGUCUGCUGUGAAGAUUCAGAGAUGGUAUAGGGCAUAUAAGACUGCUCGUGACGUAAGAACACAUUUUUUAAACACAAGGGCGGCCGUGAUUUGUCUCCAAUCUGCCUGUCGUGGCUGGGAAGUUCGAAAGCAGGUCAGGAGGGAGCACAAAGCUGCGGUGGUAAUUCAGUCUGCUUUUAGAAUGAAUAAAGCCCAGAAACAGUUUAGGUUAACGAAAUCAGCCGCCUUUGUCAUCCAGCAACAUGUGAGAGCAUGGAUUGCAGGAAAGAAGCAGCGUGUGUGGUAUAUUGAACUCCGUCAUGCGGUAGAAGUGCUUCAGUCUGCAUGGAGAGGAAGAACAGUGAGGAGACAGAUUCAGAGGCAGCAUGAAUGUGCUGGCCUUAUACAGUCAUACUAUAAAAUGCAUCUGCAGCACAAGAAGUGGAAGACUAUGAAGAAAGCUGCUCUUCUGAUUCAGAUGUAUUAUAGGGCUUACAGUGUUGGCAGAGAACAGCGUCAUUUAUAUUUGAAGACAAAAGCAGCUGUAUUAAUCUUACAAUCAGCUUAUCGCGGUAUGAAAGUGAGGAAAAGAAUAAAGGAUUGUAACAGAGCAGCAGUUGCUAUACAGACUAAGUAUAGAGCCUACAAGGCAAAAAAGAUAUAUGCCACUUAUAGAGAAUCAGCUAUUAUAAUUCAGAGAUGGUAUCGAAAUAUUAAAAUUGCAAACUGUCAACAUAGGGAAUACCUUAAUUUAAAGAAGACAGUAAUUAAACUCCAAGCUAUUUAUAGAGGUGUUAGAGUAAGACGACAUGUUAAACGCAUGCACAUGGCAGCCACUUGUAUUAAAGCCAUGUUUAAAAUGCAUCAGUUGGCAGUAAGAUACCAUAGACUGAGAAGAGCCUCUGUUGUAAUUCAAGUAAGAUAUAGAGCAUAUUAUCAAGGUAAAAUUCAACGUAAAAAGUACCUGACAGUGUUGAAAGCCGUCACUGUUCUUCAGGCAAGUUUUAGAGGAGCUAGAGUUAGACAGACUGUAAGAAAGAUGCAGGUGGCAGCAACACUUAUUCAGUCAUACUAUAGAAGAUACAGACAGCAAAAAUAUUUUAAUAAGUUGAAAAAAGUAACAAAAACUGUUCAGCAAAGAUACCGUGCAGUGAAGGAAAGAAAUACACAGUUUCAAAGAUACAACAAAUUGAGAAAAUCUGUAAUAUGCAUUCAGGCUGCUUUUAGGGGCAUGAAAACUAGAAGACAUUUAAAGAUUAUGCAUUUAAGUGCCACCCUUAUUCAGAGGAGAUUUAGAACUUUAAUCAUUAGGAGAAGAUUCUUAUCUCUCAAAAAAACUGUUGUUUGGAUUCAGAGAAAAUACCGUGCAAAACUUUGUGCAAAGCAUCAGUUACAAUUCCUUCAGUUGCAAAAGGCAGCUAUCCAAAUCCAGUCUGCGUACAGGGGAUGGGUAGUAAGGAGACAGAUUCAGGAAAUGCAGAGGGCUGCUGCUUGCAUCCAGGCUGCUUUCAGAAUGCACAGGGCUUACGUGGAGUACCAGGCCCUGAGACAGGCCUCCCUGGUGAUCCAACAGCAGUACCACGCCAGGAGAGCUGCAAAACUGCAGAGGCAGCGUUUCCUCAAACAGAGACAUUCUGCCACAGUCCUUCAGGCUGCAUUUAGGGGUGUGAAAACAAGAAGACAUUUGAAGAGCAUGCACUCCUCUGCAACCCUCAUUCAAAGCAGGUUUAGGUCUUUCAUGAUGAGGAGAAGAUUUAUUGCUCUCAGAAAAGCUACUAUUUUUGUUCAACAGAAAUAUCGAGCCACCACUUCUGCCAAGCAAAAAUUUUACGAAUUUUUGGAGUUACGCAAAGCAGCCAUUAUAAUACAAUCAUCUUAUCGAAGACUCCAAAGGAAGAGGUUACAAGAAAGGAACAGGGCUGCAACUGUCAUUCAGGCCACUUUCAGGAUGCACAGAACAUACAUUGCAUUUCAGACUUGGAAACAUGCCUCAGUUCUAAUUCAGCGGCGUUACCGAGCAUACAGAGUGGCAAAGCUGGAGAGAGACAGUUUUGUCAGGCGAUGGGAUUCUGCUGUGGUCAUUCAGGCUGCGUACAAAGGAAUGAAAGCCAGAGAGUGUUUACGGAAAAAACACAGAGCUGCUGUCCUCAUACAAAGCACAUAUAGAAUGUAUAGGCAACAUUGUUUGUACCAAAAACUUCUGUGGGCUACAAAAGUAAUACAACAAAAGUAUAGGGCCAAUAAAAAGAAACAAGAAGCUCUUCUACACAACACACCGAAGGAAGCAGCAGUGACUUCUGCUCAGGAGGAAGAGAAUUGUGCUCACAGGAAAGAUUCAGUGACCAUUCAGAAAGCUUUUCAUGAAAUGGUCACCAGAAAACUGGAAAUGCAGAAAUGUGCGGCCCUACGAAUUCAGUCCUUCCUUCAGAUGGCUGUGUAUCGCAGAAGAUUUCUUUGCCAGAAAAGAGCUGCCGUCACGCUGCAGCGGUACUUCAGGGUGUGGCAAAUGAGAAGACAAUUUUUAAUGUACCGACAAGCAGCAGUGGUAUUACAGAAUCACCACAGAGCCCUUCUGUCUGCAAAACAUCAAAGACAAGUUUAUCUGCAGACCAGAAGCAGUGUUAUCAUUAUUCAAGCUAGAAUUAAAGGAUUUAUACAGAAAAGGAAAUUUCAGAGAAUUAAAAAUAGCACCAGAAAAAUUCAGGCCGCAUGGAGGAUGUACAAGACUAAGAAAUAUUUAUGUGAAGUAAGAGCUGCUUGCAAGAUUCAAACCUGGUAUAGGUGUUGCAGAGCACGAAAAGAAUAUCUAGCUGUGUUAAAAGCUGUUAAAAUCAUUCAAGGUUACUUCUAUACCAGACUGGAAAGAGCACGGUUUUUGAAUAUGAAGACAUCAGCAAUUAUCAUUCAGAGAAAAUGGAGAGCUAGACUUUCUGCAAGAAUAGCGCGUGAGAACUUGAUGGUAAAAAGACAUCAAGCUGCGUGUGUGAUACAAGCACAUUUUAGAGGAUAUAAAGAAAGACAGGCCUAUCUUCACCAGAAACCUGCUUUGAUCAUAAGAAGAUAUUUACAAGCCAGGGAGGCUGAAAAGUGUGAAAAGACAAAAUACAUUGAGUUGGAAAAGUCAGCAGUUAUUCUCCAAGCACUGGUGCGCGGUUGGCUAGUAAGAAAAAGAAUUUUAGAACAGAGAACCACAAGCCGACUGCUGCGCUUCACAGCGGCUUCGUACUAUCACCUGGCUGCAAUUAGGAUCCAGCGAACUUACAGAGCUCACCUGGCCGUGAAGAUCGCUAACAAGCAGGUUAAUGCAGCCACCUGCAUUCAGGCUUUAUGGAGAGGCUAUUCUUGGAGGAAGAAAAAUGAUUGUACGAAAAUUAAGGCUAUUCGGCUGAGUCUACAGGCUGUUAAUAAAGAGAUUAAAGAAAAUAACAAACUCUACAACAGAACUGCACUUGCACUUCAUUACCUUUCAACUUACAAGCAUCUUUCUGCCAUUCUUGAGGCUUUGAAGCACCUAGAGGUGGUUACUAGACUGUCUCCUCUUUGUUGUGAAAACAUGGCCCAGAGUGAGGCAAUUUCUAAAAUUUUUGUUUUGAUCCGAAGUUGUAAUCGUAGUAUCCCUUGUAUGGAAGUCAUCAGAUAUGCUGUGCAAGUUUUGCUUAACGUAGCUAAGUAUGAGAAAACUACUUCAGCAGUUUAUAAUGUGGAAAAUUGUAUAGAUACACUGUUGGAGCUUUUGCAGAUGUACCGAGAAAAACCUGGCGACAAAGUUGCAGAUAAAGGUGGAAGCAUUUUCACAAAAACUUGUUGCUUGUUGGCAGUUUUAUUGAAGACAACAGAUCGAGCCUCUGAUGUGCGAAGUAGGCCCAAGGUGGUUGACCGUAUUUAUAGUCUCUACAAACUUACAGAUCAUAAACAUAAAAUGGAUUCGAAGAGAAUACUUUACAAACAAAAGAAGAAUCUUUCUUCAGGCAUUCCCUUUAUUCCAGAAACACCUGUAAGGACCAAAAUAGUGUCAAGACUUAAACCAAAUUGGGUUUUGAGAAGAGAUAAUAUGGAAGAAAUCACAAAUCCCCUACAAGCUAUUCAAAUGGUGAUGGAUACACUUGGUAUUCCUUAUUAAUAAAUGUAAACAGUUUCAGCAUAUACAGUGUACAGAAAUAUUAACUAAUCAUGAAUAUGUAGUGUUUUU